UUUGCAGUUAUGGGCUCACAAUCACAAGCCAACCUCCCAAUCGUAUACUUCACCCGGGAAACUCUGAAGCCAGGCACGAGUUCUUGGCUGUCAACUUGCAAGAAAGUGCGAGAUGCACUUGAGAAGCACAGCUGUUUCUUGGUUCAGUAUGAAAGAAUUCCUUCAGAGCUGAUCAGUUCAAUUUUCCUGCAAUUAGGAGAGUUAUUUGAUCUUCCCACAGAGACCAAAGUCCAAAAUAUUACCACAACUGAUGGUUUGUUCGGCUACUUUGGGCAACAGCCGACAAAUCCUACUUAUGAAGGCAUGGGAAUUGAAGAUGUAAAUAAUCCAGAAGCAGUGCUCAAGUUCACAAAUCUCAUGUGGCCCUCAGGAAAUGAUAGUUUCUGUGAAUUGAUGGAGUCCUACAAAAACCACGUUUCAGACCUUGAAAAAUUGGUGAUGAGAACGAUUUUUGAAAGCUUUGGUGUAGAGAAGUUGUACAGCUCUCAUGAUGAAUCGUGCAAUCGCAUGCUUCGAUUCAAUAAACACAGGCCACCACAGAUGAAUGAGAAUCUUGGUGGUGUUCCUGAACACACAGAUCCAACUUUUGUGACAAUAAUUCAACGAAAUCAAUUUUCAAGUUUAGAGGUGAAGUCAAAGGAAGAUGGAAGCUGGAUUGCUGUUGAUUUUCCUCCAUCAUCAUUUCUUGUCAUGGCUGGUGACUGCUUGGUGGCAUGGAGCAAUGGUAGGGUGCAUUCAACUGUGCACCGCAUCAGAAUGAGGCCAGGGGAAACAAGAUUCUCGACUGCACUAUUCUCGUACCACAAUGGGAUGGUUCAUGUUCCAGAAGAGCUAGUGGACGAUGAGCAUCCUUUGCAGUUCAAACCAUUUGAUCAGAUGGGAUUUUUUCGUUUUACUUUCGCUUACUACCCUCUGAGUGAUGAGAGUAAAAUUAAAGCUUAUUGUGGUAUUUAGGACUUCCUUUGUUUGCUUUACUUUUGGAUGUGAACUUUUAGUGCAUGCUCAUGUUCAGUUUCCUCCGUGAAUGAAGUGUUCCAUUCCUUUCUAG